CAGGAUUGGGAGAUUUUGUGCCAUGAGGCUGCUCCCAAGCUUUCCUUCCAGGUUCAGGCAGGUGCUCAGCAGUGCUAGGUUCUGCUGAGGCCCAGGAUCCAGAACGGGGCAGUGAGGCAGGUGAGAGCAGGAGGAUCAAGGAGCGGAAGGAAAUGAGGAAGGAGGUGAGAGGAUUCCUGGAUCUCUGCUGAGAAGGUGAGGUGGGGGGCAGCACAGAUCACGCUCCAAGGCCAGGAGGCAGAGGGCCCAGACUGAGCAACUGACAGUGAAUAGGGAAGGCUCUGGGGGAAGGUGCUGGCCACAGGCCACACCCAUGAAAGGACACGUCCCUGUCUGGUGGGGGUGUCUGCAGAGUGCGAUGGUAGCCACAGAAGUGGGCGCGGUGGACUGAGGACAAGGAUGGGGGUGGGGUUAUUGUGUCAGGGGAAACUGAUGGAGAAUCGAGCUCUGGAUCCAGGGACUCGGGACUCCUAUGGUGCCACCAGCCACCUCCCCAACAAGGGAGCCCUGGCGAAGGUCAAGAACAACUUCAGAGACUUGAUGUCCAAGCUGACGGAGGGCCAGUAUGUGCUGUGCCGGUGGACAGAUGGCCUGUACUACCUCGGGAAGAUCAAGAGGGUCAGCAGCUCUAAGCAAAGCUGCCUCGUGACUUUCGAAGAUAAUUCCAAAUACUGGGUCCUAUGGAAGGACAUACAGCAUGCCGGCGUUCCAGGAGAGGAGCCCAAGUGCAACAUCUGCCUGGGGAAGACAUCAGGGCCGCUGAAUGAGAUCCUCAUCUGCGGGAAGUGUGGCCUGGGUUACCACCAGCAGUGCCACAUCCCCAUAGCGGGCAGUGCUGACCAGCCCCUGCUCACACCUUGGUUCUGCCGACGCUGCAUCUUCGCACUGGCUGUGCGGAAAGGCGGCGCGCUGAAGAAGGGCGCCAUCGCCAGGACGCUGCAGGCCGUGAAGAUGGUGCUGUCCUACCAGCCCGAAGAGCUCGAGUGGGACUCGCCCCACCGCACCAACCAGCAGCAAUGCUAUUGCUACUGCGGCGGGCCCGGAGAAUGGUACCUGCGGAUGCUGCAAUGUUACCGGUGCAGACAGUGGUUCCACGAGGCCUGCACCCAGUGCCUCAAUGAGCCCAUGAUGUUUGGAGACCGGUUUUACCUGUUCUUCUGUUCCGUGUGUAACCAGGGCCCAGAGUACAUCGAGAGGCUGCCCCUGCGAUGGGUGGAUGUGGUUCACCUGGCCCUCUAUAAUCUGGGGGUACAGAGCAAGAAGAAGUACUUUGACUUUGAGGAGAUUCUGGCCUUUGUCAACCACCACUGGGAACUCCUGCAGCUUGGCAAGCUCACCAGCACCCCUGUGACAGAUCGAGGACCGCAUCUCCUCAACGCUCUGAAUAGUUACAAAAGCCGGUUCCUCUGCGGCAAGGAGAUCAAGAAGAAGAAGUGCAUCUUCCGCCUGCGCAUCCGCGUCCCACCGAACCCGCCAGGGAAGCUGCUGCCUGACAAGGGACUGCUGCCAAAUGAGAACAGCACCUCCUCUGAGCUGCGUAAGAGAGGAAAGAGCAAGCCUGGUUUGUUGCCUCACGAAUUCCAGCAGCAGAAAAGGCGAGUUUAUAGAAGAAAAAGAUCAAAGUUUUUGCUGGAAGAUGCUAUUCCCAGUAGUGACUUCACCUCAGCCUGGAGCACCAACCACCACCUGGCUAGCAUAUUUGACUUCACGCUGGAUGAAAUUCAAAGUUUAAAAAGUGCCAGCUCAGGCCAGACCUUCUUCUCAGAUGUCGACUCCACCGACGCUGCCAGCACCUCGGGCUCUGCCUCCACCAGCCUCUCCUAUGACUCCAGAUGGACAGUGGGCAGCAGAAAGAGGAAGCUGGCAGCCAAGGCAUACAUGCCCCUGCGGGCAAAGCGGUGGGCAGCUGAGCUGGAUGGACGCUGCCCCUCGGACAGCAGUGCAGAGGGGGCUUCGGUCCCUGAGCGGCCAGACGAAGGCAUUGACAGCCACACAUUUGAGAGCAUCAGUGAAGAUGACUCAUCCCUGUCCCACCUCAAGUCAUCUAUCACCAACUACUUUGGUGCAGCUGGGCGAUUGGCCUGUGGGGAGAAGUACCAGGUGUUGGCUCGGAGGGUCACACCUGAGGGCAAGGUUCAGUACCUGGUGGAGUGGGAAGGGACCACCCCUUACUGACUAGCCCCCAGGGGUGCCAGGGGUCCUGAAAACCAAAGGAGGAGCAGCAGAAGCCAUAGGCUCCCCAGCUUUCUCCAGGCUGGGGUGGGAGAAGGAAGCAGGACAGAGCUGCAAGUGCCUGGCAGAAGGCCCUGCCUGCCUGCCAGGCCAAGGCCUCCAUCUCUGCUGUACCAGCUCUGUUCCAGGGCCUCCUCGGGCUCGUUACCCCUGUGCCUGUGUCUCUACACACUCCACAACCCCUCAAACUCUGUUUAUCUGUUCCUCUGACCUUGAGUCCCCUGCUCUGGGACCCUUCCUCCUGAGGCCCAGGUCUUUGUCCCCAGUUGUGUGCCUUGACCUCUCUCGCCCCUUUUUGGGUGUGUUUGCACAUCCUGUGUGUGCACAGCUGUCCCUCCACUGGAUACCCUUUACACCUGACCCGUGGGGCAGCCAGUCCUCCCAGGGACUACGUAACAGGCACCUUUGAGAGAGCCUGGGAGAAGAUGGAUAAGAGGAUGCCACUCAGCGCUGUUCUCUUCCACUUUCCUGCCACUCCCCACUGCCCUUGGAGAGAGGUGGUAGGGUGGGAGAAAGCCCCUGUGAAAGCCUGCGAGGAUCUGAAGAGUGAAGGGCUGGGUCUGCCUCAGAAGGCACCAGCACCAGGGUCCAGGCUGAGAGUGAAGGCUGCCAGUGUCAGCUUUGGCCACACCCCCUCAGUCUCCAUAGAGCUGGGCCUGGCCUUGCUGGAAUGGAGGCAUCCUUCCAGACCUGGGGGACGGGGCUGGGCAGUGGUGGUAGGAGGGAAACCAUGUCAUGCUAAACCUGUUUCUGGUGCCUCCCACCCCUAGACCCACCAGACACCAUACAGCAGACAAUAUACACCCACUCCCACAAGUUUCCAUCCACAUGUGUUGUACUUUCAGCUCCAGGCACGCAGACAGCCCCACACGGCCACACCAUCACAUGCCCAAGUGUACUCACACACAGAGCCACACAGUCCCUCUGGGCCUGCUGGCUCCUCCCUUGGCUUUCUCUUGGCCCACUUCCAGGGCCCAAGUGCUGCAACUAAAUGUGAAAGCUCAGCUCCCGCCCCUUCUUUCAGCCCAUCAACCAGCUUUGGUUCCAUAGGGAAGCACAGGGGACUCACCCUCUUUCAUAUCCCUUGCCCUGCCCUGAAAUGGACAAUCACUUUUUGGGAUAGGUUGAAAUUUUUAAAGGGCCUGCAUCAUUCAGUUCCGUCAAAGGGAAGCCCUUGCCAGUGGGGGUUUGAAAGAGAAUUUUUGGAACAACAUUCAAAUUCUGCCUCAUCUGGAGGGAAACCAAAAUUGGGAGGGGGAAGAGGACCCCUCAUGUUUUGCUGCUUCCAGAGAUAUUAGAAACUGACUCACUUGAUUGGAAAGUGGACAAAAGUGCCUUGACGUGGAGGGUGGGCACCAGAUGGGGACCAGCCUUGCCAACUGCUGCUGUGGCCUCCAGCUUGGCUGGUUUUGCAGGCCACCAGCAGGAAGGCGAAGGUGGUGGUAGAGCAAGAGGCACUGGUGGGGCAGCAGGCCUGCAGGAGCUGUUUUUCCAUUACUAGGCCUGACGCCUCUCUACCUGUGAGCGUUCAGGGGGUCCCUGAGAUAGUUUAGAUGUCCCCCUUCUUAGACCUCAGCUCCCACAGUGCCUUUUAAGGGGGACCUCACCUCCUGUGCACCGCCCACCCACUUUCCUCUGCUUCCCUGGCACAGCCCAGGCAUAGAUAAGCUGGCAUUGGGCCCAGUUCUUCCCCCUUCUCAGCCCCACAGCUGCUGCCACAGGGGCCAACUGGGGCCAGGUGGAAGGGGAGCUGAGAAGCCAGCCCCUAGCCCAGGGGUGCUGUGGGACCUGGGAUUCAAUUUGUAGCUUCCUGCCUGGCUUCAGAGAGCCCAGCAACCACCUGCUUUCCAGACUUCUGAGAUAGCCUGGGACGAGCAAUCCUGUUACAGUACACCUGGACCUUCCCUACCUGGGCUCUGGGGAGGCUCUGGGCUUGGAGAGGGAAAAGCGGGGAAAGGGUGUCUUCACCACCUGGGAAGAUAGCACAAAGCCUAAUGAGGUCACCCUGACUGCCCACCCCAGCAUUUCAUUCAUACCAGAUAAUAGCUGCAUUACUGCCAACUGACCUUAUAACCCUCUGCACCUUCAAAAAGAUUCAUGGUUUUUAAUUGCUGCUUUUAAUAACAUUUGUUAAAGUUAUAAUU